UCACCAGGUCCUGGCCAGAGAUUCCCCGCCAGGACGAGUAACACUGACAGCGGAGAGACCUUAACAUCGCUGCUGUGUAUUUUCUCUGCACAGCAUAGACAUACACAGCAGCAUGUCUCCCUAGUAAAACACACACAGCACAAUAUGUAAAAACACACACUGUUAACCCUUUGAUUGCCCCAAGAUGUUAACCCCUUCCAGUGUCAUUAGUACAGUGUCAAUGCUUUUUAUUACACUGAUCACUAUAUUAGUGUCAUUGGGAUGUCAGUGGCAGUUAGUCAGUUCCCACCCAGUGUCAGAGUCCCC